UUGUGUUAUGCUAUUAGUUAAAUGGAAAAUAGUCAUGUUGCCGGCUAACCUUUCAUCUGUUAGCUAUUGCACCAAGUAUCAAGCUGUUUUUAAUUUAAUCUUAAGUUAAAUAAGUUUUGUCAUCACUUCGUGUGUUCAUAUGGCUUUAUCAUAGUUUAUAUUUAUACACUGCACUAGUCUAGACUCAGUUAUAUGCUUUAGCCUACACUACUACUAUUACCAGUAGUAUUAGUAGAAGUUGUAGUAUGACUGAUAUUGAUAAGGAAGUGGAUGUUUAUUGUAUGUAGUUGGUUUUUUUUUGUUAUGAAUAUUUUCAAAACUGUGUAAAAGGUCCUUCAGCAUAGUGCCAAAAAACAAAGUACACAAAUACUGAAAUAAACGUACGAAGCUGGAGUGGAAAGGAAAAUUAUGGCCGACGUGAAAGGAUGAAGAGCCAGCAUCUGGUGUGAUUUGUUAGCUGAUAACACUAGUUAUUGGUAAACUGGAAUCUUUUGUUAUGUACUAAUGUGCUAUGGAAGCUAGCAAUGGAGAACAUACUAUUGACACCAUCAUGAUGUGUCUGCCCCAUAGUGUUGGGGAACCAUCACUGGUCAGUGGAACAUUUGAAGCCCAGAAGUUGAAAGCAGAACCCCAGCAUUAUGAUGGACUAGAGUGCAGUCAACAAAUGCCAUCCAUCUCCAUUGCAAUCAAUCCCUCAAAUGGUUUACCAGCUGGUGUCAUCACCAUGGGUACUCCAGCUGGUAUUGCUGAACAAUUGAUGGUUGCUGUCCAGAAUGCGAAUGGUGUUACCUCUGUUGAUCCUAACAAUGCUAUGAAAGGAGAGAGCUCAGCUAAUGCACUACUUGCUGCUAAACUUGGCAGCAAUGGUAUUGGAAUAAAUGGUUCUACUGCUAUGAUAAAUACACCUUUUGGUCCUUCACCUCUUGCUGGAGUCGUGGGUCUGACUGGUCAUCCUCAGGUGCCAUCAUUCGGUAUUUCUGGACUUGCAGGUAUUAAUAUGGUCAAUCAGUUAGCUUCAGCCAUACCAGGUUUACAAGCCACAACAACCCUAGCUAAUAGUGGGGUAAGCACUGGCCUGACAAAUGCAACUCCUGUUGCUCUUAGUGUUGCAGCCAAUGGUCAACCAAAUCUUCAACAGAUGAUACCACAGGCAAUUGCCCAACAAGUUGCUGCAACACCUCAAUUUAUCUUGGCAGCAGGCCAGCCGAUUCAAGGCAUCCAGGGAGCUCAGUUGCUCAUUCCUACAUCUUCAGGUGUUGCUAUUCAACAAUUAAUUACCAUUCCAGCAUCUCAGUUUGCUGGAAAUCAGAUAGUGCAAAUGGUAGCCUCUAAUGGUCAAAUUUUUAAUACAACUUUGUCAAAUCUUCAGUCGCUGUCCCAGACAUUUCACAUCCCUGGCAUCUCUUCCACAAAUACAGCAGUCACGUCAAGCAUUCAACCACAGUCAGUGGUUGCUGCUGCAAAUAUAGCAAGUCCAGUAUCGGCCAUGCCUCAAUUACUGACCAAUGCCUCUGGUCAGGUGUUGGCUAUGGGGCCACAGGUUUUUACUCAGCCUAUUCUUUCAGCCAACCAGUUGCCUGCUAAUGUAAUUCAGAUGGCACCACAGGUAGCAGCUCAGCUUCAACAACAGCAACUUGUACAACAACAACUAACAGUACAGGAAGAAAAGCAGACCUCUCCACCAGUUACUAAUCAGCCAAUAGCGUUAGUGUCCAAGUCACAUCCCUCAGCAGUUGCCAUAACAACUAAUACACAGGCUUUAGGAGUCCAACAACCAACAUCUCAACUCUCCUUAAAACAAGUUGCUAUGGUGACAGCCCAACUAGGUGGCCAAUCAAAACCCAGUUCUGUGCAGACUGCAACCCAGCAUUUACCUCCAACACAGGAAACUACUCUUUCUCAUGCAACACAACAGAAUAUCACAGGGGAAAUUUCUUCUUCUACAGAUGUCUCCCCAACUAUUGCUACAAUUCAAGCUUCAAGUAUGUUUUCUCAGAAUACAGACACCAUCAGUAAUCAAACAUCAAAUAUUGUUGAUGGAAUCAAUCUUGAAGAGAUCAAAGACUUUGCCAAAGCUUUCAAAAUUCGCCGUUUAUCUCUUGGCUUGACUCAAACCCAAGUUGGACAAGCCUUAAGUGCAACAGAAGGUCCUUCAUACAGCCAAAGUGCCAUCUGUAGGUUUGAAAAACUAGACAUAACCCCUAAAAGUGCCCAAAAGAUCAAACCUGUGCUUGAAAGAUGGAUGAAGGAGGCAGAAGAGAGGUACAAAAAUGGAGGUAACAACUUGACUGAGUUCAUCGGAAGUGAGCCGAGCAAGAAAAGAAAGAGAAGGACGUCUUUCACACCCGCAGCUAUUGAAUUAUUGAACAAAUUCUUUGAAAAAAAUACCCAUCCUUCAGGAGCUGAGAUGACAGAAUUAGCUGAACAGUUGAACUAUGAGAGGGAAGUAGUACGAGUUUGGUUCUGUAACAAACGUCAAGCUCUCAAAAACACGAUAAAAAAACUAAAGAGUGGUACUUGAGUUUGUCGUAUCAUAUCAUUGUGUUUAUAUAUAGAUACAUUCAUGUCAUAUCCAAAAACAUACCAGAUGCUGCACAGAAUCUGUAUAGACACUGUGACAUACAUCUCUGAAAUUACCAAGUUCUUCCAAUUCAACUGUGGAGUAAUUUAGAGCUUUCCUCUUACUUCACUAUAAUGUGUGAUUAUAUUUAAAUUUAAUAGAAGAAAGUAUUCAGACUGCUCUGUGAAAUAAUUCAAGCAUAAUUAAGAAAUUUUGAUAUACUCUAAAAUCUUAUUCAAAACUCGUAAAAAUAGAUAAAUACUCUAUUGCUACAAACUAAGAAGUCUGUAUGAUAACUUCUUUUUUUUUAUUCCUCGGAGCAACGUAAGUUGUUGUUUUUUAUAUUCCUGUAAGUGCAAAAUUCCCUCAAAAGAUCCUUUGUACUACAUGAAAGUAGGAAAUGAUUUAUACUUUCCUAUUGCUGUGCUGUCAAUGAAUUCACAAAAUAUUCCCAUCUAAAAUUUAAUGUACUGACCAUGUGGGUUGGAAAUGAUUAGGUUAUGGAAAAGUUAUUUGAGUGAUACUUGUAAUAAAGAAAAAGAGAGGUUAUGCAAUAAAGAAUCAAAGAUUUGUAUAGAUACCAGUAUACAUAUGAUAAGGUGAAAUGUAUUAAUAUGUAACAUAAUUGAGGUAGAGAGAGAGAGGUCACUAAAGAUCACAAUAUUAUACCUGUGUUACAAAACUAUUUUAUAAAUUAUACAUUCCUGACAUUAGGAAAAAUAUAGGUUCAAAAAUUAAUUAAAGACAAAAAAUACAAAACUCUGUAACCUGAGAGUUUGAACUUGCUUCAUCACAGGCCCUUGAUUAAGAAAGACCCACCUUUCAAAUGUGCUCAGGUUUUGUAGUUUUGUACAAUUAUAAAUGUAAUAUAAAUGAAAUUGUACCUAAAAUUAACAGAGUUACACUAGUGCUACAGAGACAUUGAUGUUACAGUAUAGUUCAGGUUAUUUCUUUAAAUUAUUAUGCAAGUUGCAAAAGUUAUAUCACCUCCCACCCAAUUACAUAAUCAUUUUAGUUAUCACCUCCCACCCUGUUAUAUAAUCAUUGUAGUUAUCACCUCCCACCCAAUUAUAUAAUCAUUUUAAGUUAUCACCUCCCACCCAAUUAUAUAAUUAUUUUAAGUUAUCACCUCCCACCCAAUUAUAUAAUC